CGGCUCGCACCGCCCCGUCUCCUCCCCGCCGGGGUCCUCGGCGCCGUCCUCCGCUCCGCUCCGCCCCGACGAGCCGGGCUGAGGCCGGGGCAUGGCGCCCGCCUUCGCCUGAGAGCAGCCGCCAUGGAGGAGGAGGACCCGGAGCUGGAGAGGAAGGCUGUGGAAGAGUUACUUAAAGAAGCAAAACGUGGGAGAACCAGAGCUGAAACAAUGGGCGCAAUGGGUUGGUUGAAAUGUCCUCUUGCUGGUGCAAAUAAAAGAUUUCUUAUUAAUACCAUCAAAAACACAUUACCAUCUCAAAAAGAACAAGACCAAGAACGUGAGCAAAAGGAAGUCAGUAAGGAGCCGGAGCCAACCAAAAGUAGGAAAGAAGAAAAACCAAAGAAACGCAGAAUUCAUCCAUAUACACCCAGCUUUCAGUCCAGAAGGAGAGUCAGCUACUCUCCUCCUAGGCACCGAAACAGGAACCAGCACACAAAGGAUAAGUAUGAAAAGCGAUCUAGCAAACGAUGAGGAGAGAUGGGUAUGUGCUGUUACAAGCCAAGAAUGUCAUUAGACAUCGCACUGCAGGGAUGUUAGUUUUUUUCUAGAAAGAGAUGCUGUUCAGAAUUGAUUUUUGGACUGAGUUGCUUGUGUGAGAAGUAGCUAGAGGUAGUUUUAUAAAAUGUUUCUUUGGGACCUUUAAGAGAAAAGCAAAGUGCAGCAUAAAUCUUUCAGUUGUCUGAGAACAGACAUUCCCUUCCCUUUGCUCCUUUCCUCACUCCCCUUCUGACUAAGCUUAGGGUCUUGGUAAUGGAGCGUGAUAUGUGCGUCACUGUCCAAUACAACUUGUUUAGUCAUGUCACCCUUUUGGAAAUAAAUUUAACUUAAUCAGAAGUCUAUUUAUUGUGUAAAGUUGGCAGAACUUAUUUUUGCUGCUUAACCAAUGAAGAAGUUUUGCUUAUUUGGGUUAGUUUAGUUUCACAGGAUCUGGAAGAAGGCAAGACUGGUCAAUGUGUGGCUAAGCACAUCUAUUUUGUGUAGCAUGUAAGAGUUUGGUUUGUUUAGUAUAAAAAGAACAAAUUUAAAAUGGGCAAUGCUGGUUUUACUUUUCAGGAGGAACUACCAGGAAAUACCAACCUUGCGUGUAGUAUAUUCACAAUCUUGUCAUAGAUAACAUUAAACAUAACCCCUAAAAAGCCAUAACUGCAAUAAUUGUCUCUGUUUAGACUUCCCUCUGUAAGGAACUAGUUUGAACAGUCUGUUGUCAUGGUGCUUUCAAAACAAUCCUUGAAGACAAUUAUCAUGUUUUUGUCCACUGCUAUGAAAUUUCCAAGUAAACAUGUAAUACUAGAAAUGCAGAAGAGAUAUUUAAAAACAAUCAAAUGCUCACUUCCCAAACCAAUGUGAUGAUUUUGUAGUGGUACAGUUCUUAAACUUGUGACUUUGAGCACAUAUAAUACACAUCAGCAUAUUCUGUCUUUUUUUUUUUUCUGUUUAUGUUACAAUAACAAACUUCUGUGUGAAAUAUUUUGUAUUUCGGUGUUCUCAAAAAUAACUGUUUUGAACAUAGGUUUCAGUUUUUACGUGUGUUGACAAUAAAAUCUAAAAUGUUCAUUAAAA